AACUUGUUGCACCGAAACAUCGAACCCCCGACCGUCCGUCGCGACGACCAAAUUCCGUCGUCGUCCUUAACGCCAACACGCCUCUGAACACCCGUACGUAGACCGUUCAUUGAUCCUGUAUCCUCGUUCUAUCGCGCCAGGAUCAACAUGGCGGUGCCCUGAAAGCGUUUAACGAUCGUGAGCGGCCGAAAACGCGGACGCGAUUGCGGGACGAUUUUCCGAAAUACGGAUUUAUGUAUCCGGACGUGGUGUGCAAUAACUUGGUGACGUCAUGCGCAUGAAAAUACCAGUCUACGGUGGUUGAACGUGCCGACAUAUGUUUUGACUGGUCGGCCGAUUUGUAAAAACCGACGUCUACCUCCUUUCAACAGCCGAUGCCUAGCAUGGCGACGGACGACAGCAUGGACGACGACGUGUUCGAGUCGCAGGAUGAAGCGAACCGGCUGGGUGUUGUGGAAAAAGUGGUCCAGGAAAAAACCAAUCAUCCCUCGCCGACCGGCUACAGGAACUAUCAGCCGCCCGCCGAGGUGCUGAAGCUGUGCGAAACCAACGUCAUAGAGGAUAACGAACAAAUCGUGCACAAGACAAUCCUGUUGGGCGACAGCGGCGUGGGGAAGACGUCUCUGUUGGUAAAAUUCGACACGGGCAAAUUCCAAUCCGGAAAUUUCUCGGCAACCGUCGGAAUAGGAUUCACGAAUAAAGUCGUUUCCGUCGAUCAGACUAGGGUGAAAUUGCAAAUCUGGGACACGGCGGGACAGGAGAGGUUCAGGAGUGUUACUCAUGCUUAUUAUCGAGAUGCUCAUGCUUUGUUACUUCUCUACGACGUCACGAACAAAACGAGCUACGACAACAUUCGGGCCUGGCUUGGUGAAAUAAGAGAGUAUGCACAAGACGACGUUGUGAUUAUGUUAUUAGGCAAUAAGGCGGACUGCGGUUCCGACAGGGCGGUGCGACGUGAAGAGGGCGAAAGACUGGCGAAGGAAUACAACGUGACGUUCAUGGAAACGUCGGCCAAAAGUGGACAGAACGUUGAGCUCGCCUUUUUGGCAAUAGCGAGGGAACUGAAGUAUCGACAGAGUGGCCAGCGGGACACCAACAAGUUCAACGUGCAAGACUACGUGAGGGAGCACACACAAAAGCCGCAGUGCCCGCCUUGCAACACAUAGUUAAGUUAUAUAGUGGAUCCACAGUUGUAAAACGGGGGACGAGAAUCUCCCCCAGGACGUUGAAAUGCAAAAAUGUUCGUAUUCGUAUCGCCAAUUUGAGUACAAGCCUUAACGAGCACCGUUUCUUAUGUAAUUAGUUGACUAAACGAAUAUUGCUACGAAAUAUAGAAAAUUAACGUUUUGUAAUAACGCUGUAACAUAGCUUUAAUUAUGACAAUACAUAUUUGAUACUAGAAUACAUUUUUUUGUAUUUUAAUGUUUUACCAAUUAUCGGUGGAUUCACUUAGCUUCAAUUGCAGUACGGUACUUGUAAAAAUAUGUGCUUUAACAUUGAUGAAACAAUACUAAAAUAUAUUAACACCAAAGGUUUUGACUGAUUUUGAACAAUAAACGUGUUAUUGAAGAACACCAAUAACAUCAAAAAUUGUUGUAAAAUGUUAGCAUAUGUGUGUGAAACUCAAAGAAAAUAUUCUUUCACAAAAAGUACUACAGUAUUACUGUAUAGUGUACCAACAAAUUCACUUAUUGUGUGUAAUAUUAUUGACUAGUGCUUGGAUUGCUGUCAAAAUGUAACGUAAAUGCAAUAAUAAACAAAAAACAAUUUUGUAACAUUUGAAAUAAUUGAAAGUAUCAUCGCAAUCCAAAAUUUAUUACUAACCCAGUGAGAUUAAAUGUAGAAACUGUUAGAAUGUAUUUUGUUACAAGUAUGUAAUUACUGUAAAAUACUAGUUUCGAUUAUGAGCAUGCUAUUAAUUUCGUGGGAUAUAGUCGAUAUUAUGCAAUGUAUUUUCACCCCAGAUGUCUAAAUGUCAAUUUUCCUUUAAGCUUAAGGCAAACCGUUUGGACUGAACUAAAUAAUCAGUAGUUGUUGUUUAGAUUCGCAUAUCACCUUAUAUAGAGAAACAUUUCAGAAAAAUAGUAUAAAAUUAUAAUAUAUAUUAACAAUUGUGUGGAUAGAAAAUAUAAGAAAAUUUAUGCUAAUAUUUAUCAGAGUUGAAGAUACUAGGUACACAGUGUCUGCUAUAAUAGGGACAUUCUAAUGUAUCUUUGACAUUGAACUGUUAAGAAAGUUAUAAAAAAUGUUGGAUAAAAACUAUAUAAGCAGUUUAUAUAUGAAAUGAAAUUGCAAAAUAAGGAUUUAUUGUAUAAACAUAUCUUAAAUAUUUCGUCUCCACUUGUAACAUUUGAAUUCGAAACAAUCUUUCUUAUAGAAAGCAAAAUGCUGUAUAAUUUAAAAUAUUAUUUUUUUAAAAUUUAAUUUUUUUUCCAAAUUUUAAUAUUUAUGAUUCAAUAUUUAAAAAAGAAAAACAGAGUAAAUAUUUUGAAGAUAAAUAUUAAAUAAUAUACAAAAUUAUUUAAUUUUAAAAAAUAUUAAUUUUGAAUCAUGAUUUUGAACAAUUUUAACCAAUAAAAAUUUUAUGUUUAUUAAAAAUAACAAUAAUAAUACAACAACCUUAAGGUAUAUCACUGAAUUAAGUACCCCUGGGUAUAAACCAAAAUUUUAUAAAAAAUUAUGGAUAUCAAUAAUUAUGUGGAAAAAAUUAUAUUCUUCUUAUGAAUUUAUUUUUUUUUUAAUCAAGAUAUUUAUAUAAUAAACUCUCUAAAAUUAUACAAAUUAUCUUAUUUUCCAAUAUAGUCGAAUAUUAUGCUAAUACUACUAUACUUAUAAUAAUACUUUUCUUACCCACAUUGUUCUAGGGUAAUUUCGGCACAUGAUUCAUUAAUUCUACCACGAAUUUACAAUAAUUUGUGUUUUAAGAGUAUAUAUACUGUUGAAAAAUACAAUAAUUUGUACUAUUUUAAAGUUUAUUACAUAGACCACUUAAUUAAAAAAAAUAAAUUAAUGAAAGAAUAUGAUUUUUUCCACAGAAUUUUGAAUAUGCAUAUUUUUUAUGAAAUUUGGUAUAUAUCCAUUUCAGGAUGUGCUUAAUUCACUAGUUUAGAUAGAAUUGAUAUAAAAAAAAUAUGAUUUCUUCAAUUUCUAUCUAAAAAUUAAGCAGUAAGUUUUGUCUUUGAGCCGAAAAAACGUGUAAUUUUGUCUAAAAGGCCUUACAAUUGAACAAAAAAAGGACAAUGGGACACACUGUAUAUUAAUUAUUAUAAUUGUAUGAUUUUCAAAUUUUACAGAAUUUUUCUUUCUAAUUAUGGGAAUGUGGAAAUUUAUUUAUAUAUCUUAGUUUUGCCAUUAAAUUUCAUGUAGCCUUUACAUUAAAAUAGAAACAGGUUGUAAAAAAUUUGAUAUCAUGUAUAUAACAAGAAAUCACUUUAUGGAAGUUUAAUUCUCAACAUGUCGAUAACAAAGAUCUACUAAACUGGUCCUCUUAAAGUAGACACUCUGUAUGAAACAUUGUUUAAGGAUGUUUAUUAAGUUUCAUAUUUGGAGUUUAUGUAAAUUAAUUUUAUACAUCUGAAUAAUUUGUGACAUUGUUAAUUAAAUAGAUAAAAUUUAAUAUAUAUUUAAGACUAUGUUCUCAAAUAUUAACACAAACCAUAUGUGUAUAUAAAUAAUUAGAAAAUGACCAAUGUAACCAUCUCAUAUCCAUCUGUAGUUGAAAAAGUAAUGCAAAUAUCUUUUUAAUAUAGUCGGUGUGCCUAAUGCAGAUGUAAAAUUAUACAAGACAUAUUCAUAUAUAUCUAAUAAACUAAACAUAACUUGAA